CAUCCAUGUUGUAACCUUCCAAUUGCUAACUGUGUUAGGCGUCUCAUUCCUUUCCCGUCGAGACGACCUCUUCCUCUGCUCAGCUGCGGGAACUCUGGGAUCCCCUCAUUUCGCUCCGGGCCUAGGAGCAUGGUGCGACUGCACAGGGGAGGCGCCGCGGCGCACUCGAGACAUCCUCCCGAUGAUAAAAUGACGCCAUUUAAACUCAGCGCAGCCCCACCUUCCCACCUCCGGCGCAGACGAAGGGAGUCGUUGUUUAUUUUUCUUGCGAUGCUGAUCUUGCUAUCACUUCUGCUGGUGUCUGUUCUCACCAUUACGUUUGGGUUCUUUGCAUGCCGUCACGGCUCGUAAAGCCAGACGCCGCGCGGCUAAACGGUUCAACAUUACACCGCCGUCGGCAAUAUGCGGGGUUCGUGAUGAAUGGCUGCUGAUGGCGGUUACGGCCUAGCCGCUCAUCCCUGAUCCUCUCCUGUCUGGUCACCGCGGAAAGUCCUGACCAACGUUGAUGGCUCGCGACAAGGUUCGCAGUGUGCCCAGGAGGCGUGACUUGCACCUAUCGGCCUUCCGGUGACCAGUCACGAUGCUCGCACAUUCCUAGGCACGCACCGUUGUCGGGGGAGAGAACAUACUGGAAUGAGGCCGGCCGCUCCAGUCAGGGGGCACCGAGCGACAGAAAUACUGUGUUUCCAAGAAUUGGCAACGCUGCCACAAUGGCCGGUGUGUAAGAGAGUAGAAAGGCUGGUUGAAUGUUUCCAUCUUUUUCAUCAGUCAUGAUUCGUUCUAAGACUGAUUCGAACUGACAAUAGGAGCAUGAUGUCUUGGUUCGGUCGCAACCGCAACGGUUAACCCAAUGAUCGUACUUAUUCUCAACGCCAGCUCAUUGGUAACUUGGCGAUCAUAUCGGUCAUUUCCGAAUGGUUCAGUCAUUCAUUGAAUAAUCAUGGUGUUCCAUGACGAUUCUAUAUUCACCUUACACUUCAGAGGUUCUGUCAGAGACUUUGUGUCAUUGGAUUUGCUGUGACUUCUUGCGUGAUUACGAAACCACACCAAUAUCGUUACACCACUGUUAUCGCGUGCCAGCGUUGGCAUUUGGCGCUCUUUGGACAGUUGAACGUGAUUCAUCGUUACUAAUCGGGUUGAUGAAGACUGGUUCCGAAAGCAGCUGUACCCAGAAGUCCGAAUCCAGUCCAUUUUAGCUGACCGUCUUCGGAUACUCACAAUCACGGGAAUUUACAGAAGAUGUGCGCACGCCAAUGAGAUUUACGUUCAGUCUACCUACACCCUGCGUUUACUCAAUGCAAGAGCACGUAGCUCCCUGUAUUGUUUUAACCACGUCAUACCCAUUCGCACUUCCCGGCGUCCACCGCCGGUUGACAUAAUGCGUCUUCCAGGAAAACGUGGCGAUACGUGCAGCUCCGAUACAAUUGGAUCACCGUUUCCUUGCGUUGUAAUUGGCAAUGUUACUGGUGUUUGGUAGUUCAUUAAUGGAUGUUUUGGUUUACGCCUCAGAGGAAAAGUAGUGCGUAUGAGGCCUGUCUGACGGGGAAAUGUGUGCCGGUCAGAACAUUGCCCUUUUACCGCGUCUAACAUUGUAACGUGCUGUCGUAAGAUGGUGUAACGCUAAAAAUACCAUAACUGAUUCAGCGAGUUAAAUUUCUUACAAUUUUUAUCGUGGAGUGUUAUUGAGACGAUCGGAACGAGCACAGUCACCGUCCAAUGUGCAUGGUUUGCAGCUCGUGGCGGUUUAUAUGAAAUAUUUGCACCUCUAAUAGUACCAUACGGGUCUUACGGAUUAUCUUGUUCAGUAAGACGCCGAAGCCCUGAUGAUUUUUACUGAUUUUGGUCCUGGCCUUGUGCACUUCUUAUAUAACUCCUGUGGCCUCCUCGCUCUCAGUAAAGAGCGUCUCCCCGUUCCUAAGGACACUCUGUGCAUCAGAGAGCAUCUCUCAGUGCCAUGUCAGGCUGACUGCGUUACCGGUGACGCGUCGUCUGCCGGGCGUCCGGGGCCCCCGUGCGGGGCUGGCGGUGCCCCGGCUGGAAAGGCCGUGCGGUCGACGCUACCGGUGUGGGCCGGCCCCCGCCGCUGCAGACGCCGGCGCAUAUAUACUGCACCCGAGCUCAGCAGGUCAUCAGUAGCACGCUACCGUCACAGACGCACAGAGCAGCAGCAAGAGAAUACUGGACGAUCUCACCUCAGAGAACAUGGAACCGAUCAAGGUCGUCCUGCUCGUGGCGCUGUGCGCCGCCUCUGCUGCCGGCUCGAGGCUGAGCUGCCGCGCCCGCUCCCAGUGCGCGCAGCCCUACCUGGGGCGGCUGGGGAGGCCUCUGACCUGCGGUGGCAGCUUUGAUCUGAUCGUCUGUAGGAGCGAGGGACUGUCGGUCCGUCAGCAGACACCUGUCACCACACCGGUCACCACCUUCGACACCACUCCCUUCACCACCGGCCCCGCCCUGGAGCCGCAGCCUUCCCCGUCGUUCCCCAGCGCCGCCCAGUCCCCGAGCCACCUCCAGAACCUGCAGGGCAACUCGAACCUGGGCCGCCGGUUCGGCUCUCGACUGCAGAACCAGGCGCAGCGCACUGCUCAGGGACUACAGGCGCUGUCCGCUCAGCAAGGCGCCGCACCGGCCGCCUUCCCAGCCCCGGCGCUGGACAACCGGGGAGGGUUCUUCCGCGGACGGCUGUGAGCUCCCGCUCGUCUCGCCGCGCCGUCGUUCUCGUGUCCUUUCUCGUUAUUUCGUCAUUAUGCCGUCUUCCUGGCUCGCUGUUUCGCCCAAGGAGGACAACGAACUUUUAAAUGAAACCUGUAGGUACUGUGUCUGUGAGCUUGAUCCUGGAUGGAAACCAAAGAAGACGAAAGGAAGGUGUGAUACGGGUUCUUGUAGAUUUUGUAAGACAUCAGUGUAAAAGAUGAAUUGGUGUAAAAUAUAUUUCGCUACUUUACUUAUGUCAUCUGUCCAUUGUUUGCAAGGCAAGUAGAGAUGAGAUGCACUCGACGCUCUCGUGUCUCUAGCCGAUCAUGAUGUUGAGAGUACCAAUGUGUGAGGACACACGUGUCUUAUGGGGGAUUUCUCUGGGAUUGAGGCUGUGGCUCAGGCUUAGCCCGAGACUGACCCUCAAAGCCAGAUGCCGAAAAAGUGACCGUCAUGCUCUACUUGGAAGGUUUGAUCAGGUCAAUGACCUUUGAAUGAACUUAGCUACCUCGGCUUGAAAAAAAAAUGCGGGACAUGUUAUCAUGCGUAUUGUGUUGUGGUUUGAAAAUGAGUUCGGAUUGUGGAAAACAGAACGCUGACUUGUUGAAUGAGCAAGUGUGUAGAGAUGGAUUUUAUCGUUUCUGAGAAAAUUGAUGAAGACUAGCAUGAAGGCCGCAUCAUGCACGCUUACGUAGGCGUGAAAACUAUGUUUUGGGUCCACUGGCACAUGCACGACAGUGCCUCGUCAAAAUUCAGACACGCCGUGUCAAUAUUUGCACUGUGAUUGCCGUGCGAAGCCCAAGUUUGUGCCUUGUUCCUACAAGCGGAUUGCAGAAUGCAAGCUAGAGUGUGCGGCCUCUCGUCGAGCUCUCUCCGCUCCCCGUCGCCGCUCUCGGGCCAACAGCGGCGCCUCUAGCGGCAGCGAGCGCCGAUCUACCUCCGUCGCUGGCCACCAGGCGGCUCUGCGGUCGCCCGGCGGCGGCACCGACUCGGGGUCGAUGUCUGCUGCACGUGGAACGGUGGCCGGCCGGCGCGCCGGCUCAGUACGGCGGCGGCGGUGCCGGCGGGGAGGUGCGUGCGGUGGCAUAGCGCAGUGUCAGAGCAGAGUGCUCCCAGCGGUGUGGCCCGCGCAGACCGUCACCAUGGAUGUGCUGGCGAUGGACGAUGAAGACUUCCUGGGACUGAGCAGCGGCGAUAUGCGCGACAUGUGGGACACGUCCAACCUUCUGGAGACGUCGCUGGCGGAGGGGGACGGCGAGUGGGCCGGUUACGAGGAGCGCGGCGGCGGAGGCGGUUCGUCAGUGAUCCUACGCGACAGGAUGAUCACCGAGGCCAGUCUGCCGAUCCGCUCCGAGCACUCCUACUGUAACGACGUGCCCGAGCUGAGACUACCGCACAUCAAACUCGAGGAUGACAUGGAGAGCGAGUGCUACCCGGCCAUCUCCAUGUCAACUGCGACCAGCGGCGGCGGCGGCGGCGGCGGCGGCGGCGGCGCCGACGUGGACGACCUGGUCACCCGGCUCGACUCCUCCUCCUCGUCCUCCUCGAGGACUCUCUCCUCGGCCUCCUCCGACGACUCGGGAAUCGUCCUCCGACCCUGUGACACCGUCAGCCAGCCCAGCGCGGUAUCAGUGGCUCCCAUCACCGUCAGUAUGGGCGUCAGUGGCGUCAGCGGCGUCAGUAACGUCACCCAGCUGGGCGGCGUGGCCACGGUGACGGCGGCGGGUCAGCGGCAGGCGGUGGCCGUCCAGCCGACGGCGCCCCGGCGACUGGUGCUCACCCCUCAGACUCGCGAGGAGCUGCAGCUGCUCCGGGCCGACCGCACCACGCAGCAGGCGCAUAUCAAGAUAUCGGCCGGCCAGUCCGUGUUACGGCCUCAGACGAUCGUUCUCACCUCCCGUCCGAGCCUGGUGCAGAGGCCGGCCGACAGUGGCGCCGUGCCGCGGCUGAGCGUCAAACUAGAGCCCAACACAGCGUUCGUGUUACCGCCGACACCUCCAUCGUCUGUGGACUCUGACGGCGGCAGCUCGCCUCCGUACGCCGGCUCGUCGCGCGUCUCCCCAGUCCGCUCGCUGCUGCAGCGGCCCCCCAAGGUGCUGGUGACCGCCGGCCGGCCGUCCGUGCGACAUGUUAGCGCGUCACUCAUCUCUACCACACCGCGGGGAGCCCACGGGACAUUGUACCUUACCGAGGAGGAGAAGAGGACACUCAUCUCCGAGGGCUACAGCGUGCCCAACCGGCUACCGCUCUCCAAAGCCGAGGAGCGCUCACUCAAGAAGAUUCGGAGAAAAAUUAAAAACAAGAUCUCCGCCCAGGAGUCCCGGCGCAAGAAGAAGGAGUACAUGGACCAGAUGGAGCGCCGGCUGGACCAGAUGGCGGCCGAUAACGACGAGUACCGCCGCCAGCUGGAGCAGCUGGAGGCGCAGCGGCACCGGCUCAGCACCUCUAACGCCCAGCUGGAGCAGCGUAACGCCCAGCUGGCCACGCAGCUCGAGCAGCUGCGCAAACUGAUCGGCGCCGACUGUCCGCAGAUCAAGGAUGAGAAGCAAGAAGUAGAAAAUCCAAAGUAAUGCAAGCUACUUAGGCGCAACAAUGCAUCAGGUCACACGGGACGCGGCUGAAUACGCGGCCAUCUAGUCUUCCAUUCUCAUCGACUACGCAUUCGACUCGCAUGCAUCGCCGCCGUCCGUGGGCCUCGAUCCGAGCGCCACUUACACAUGAUGGUCGCGUCGCGGGCGCCACCUACAUGGUUCGCGCAGAGGUGGAUCUGUACAAAGAUUAUGCCGUCGCCAGCAGCCGCGACAGAAGAGCGUGCGACAUUCCCGGGAGCCGGGCCGCUCGGGCAGACCAGUCGAGCCGGCGGCCCCGAGGCGCUCCGAACAUUCCAGGUCGUGAGAGAUGCUGCACUUAUCGUCGUUGAGCUCGUGUUUGAAAGUGUGUGCCUUACCACAGAAGUACCGUGAAGUUGCAAACGGUCUUAAAGUUUCCAUUGUUAUUUUCUUCAAUCGACAUUGAAGAUGACUUGUUGAGUUUUGAUAGUUAGGUGUUUUCGGAAUUCUUUACUUGUGCUCCAUCACAUGACACACCUAAUUAUUAACAUUGGACAUCAUACCCAUGCACAAGCGCAUCAUUUUUUGUAAAAAAUGAAAAGUCCACAUGAUGCACCACUAGUGCCAAGUUUACCAAACUGGAACCGACCAUCCUCAGAGUACCUUUGGAUUUCCAACUGAUUGGUCUACCUCGAUCCAUCUACAUUUUCCGACUGACAUCUUCGACCGCGUCUGCUCACUAGCCUUCCACCAAUCACAGCCUGAACACACCUGACCAGAGUGCCUUCCUCCCGUCCCCGUCUGCCCCCCCCCCCCCAUCACUGGGGGACACCUUGCGGUGCUUCAUGUCCACUGGUUGGCGUGCGUGGCGUGCAAUACAUAUUUACAUCGUAA